CGAAAGACGAUGACGAUGGAAGUGAAAAUAAAAUUUCCGCCCGAGAACUUGCUUUCGCCGCGGUGCAUCUGAACACAGAGAUCAAGAAAACCAGCUUAGCCGGCGUCACAGACAUGGAGAAGAAGAUGCAGGCGCUGAUAAAGGCCAUGGGGCCGUGGUUGACGCAAGUGAAAACCGGGGCAUCUCCUUCGAAAAAAACGGCCGGAUCGAGAAAGCCGGACGAGGAGGACAUCACUGAUAUCCACGACCAUUUAGAGCAGCACAUGAACGACCAAAUCCAAGGGAAUGAUGAGCCGGAGCAGGAGCUACUGAAGUGCAUGACGGAGCUGCGGGAGACCAUUUCGGCGGUCGAUGAAUUCGAAUCCUUGGUCCGGGCGAACGAGGACCUGCUUGCGUUGGAGCUGAACGCCGAAGUGAUGCGGACCGGGCUGCUGCGCCAGCGACCGAGUCAACUGCAGAGUUUGUCGAACUCCGUGGCGGGGGUGCAGUCGUUCGACGUCGUGCAUGACCAGUACGUCUCGGGGGUCACGAAAAGCCCGGUGGGGGAGAAACGAGACGUAGAUGUGGCGACGCAGGUACAGGUGGAAUAGGGUCGCUGAUUCGCAUGUUCGAUUUCCAUCUCCAUGUAAGUAGUAGCUUCAGGUUAGCCUCUUGAACGUAUUCUGUUGGUGAGACCACAGUGCAGCCUGGAAUGAUGCUGAUGUCUUGCAACUCUGACUCCUGUGAAUUAGUACUUGUCUUGAAAAACUUUUAUCAGGGUGGCGGCACCACCGAGGAGACGGGUGGAAGACCAACCAGAUCCAUCCCCAUGGCGUCCCAGUCAGAAUGGAACGACGUGCACGCCGCCCCGGGUGCUGCUAGCGCGGAGGAUGCGGAGACGCGAAAGCAGAUUUCCGUGGACAUGCUGCAACCGAUUGAGUCUAUUGGGGAUCACGGGGAUAUGAUCAGAAUGCGGAGGGACAAUGAUGCCCCUCCCGUGAAGAUGCCGUCCACGCGGAUGUCGCAUCCCGGACGCGGAACGUCUGCAGUAGUGCAAAACCGCGCGUCGCAACUGGUUGAGCAGCUGAAGUCGCAAGCGGCCGCGGGGGUCGAAUCCGCAGGCGGUUCGGUGUUUGACGAACACGACAUGGAACACGCAUUUGCCACACCAGCGGUGGAGGCGGGCGGACUGCAGGUCUCGGACCAAGGUCGUGUAGGUGUGGAAAAAGCUGAGGGAGAG